GCGGGUGUGACGUUCAGGCACGCGACGCGGGAGCGGGCGCCGGCGGCGGCGGCGCCGCCCGGGGCGGCGAGGCCGGGGCUUCGGACGGCCGGAAACCAUGUUCGGCUCCAGCCGGGGCGGUGUGCGCGGCGGGCAGGACCAGUUCAGCUGGGAGGAUGUGAAGACCGACAAGCAGAGAGAGAACUACCUGGGCAACUCGCUGAUGGCCCCUGUGGGCCGCUGGCAGAAGGGCCGCGACCUCACCUGGUACGCCAAGGGUCGGGCGGACGGCGCGGGACUGAGCCGGGAGGAGGAGCUGGCGGCCGUGAGGCAGGCAGAGCAGGAGGCGCUCAUGGCGGCGCUAGGUUACAAGAACGUGCGGAAGCAGCCCACCGGCCUGAGCAAGGAGGACUUUGUCGAGGUGUGUAAGCGGGAAGGAGGGGACCACGAGGAGAAGGGAGUGGACCGGCUGCUGGGCCUGGGGAGCUCCAGUGGCUCCGCAGGCCGAGUGGCGUUGUCCCGAGAAGACAAGGAGGCCGCCAAGCUGGGGCUCUCCGUGUUCACGCACCAUCGCGUGGACAGUGGCCGGCUGGCGUCCUCUCCGGCCUCCUCCAGGAAGAAGCCUAGGUCUGAGGACGAGAAGGCGGAGCCGGGCCCCGAGGGCCACAGGAAAAGCAGAAAAGAGAAAAAAAAGAAGAAAAAGAAGAAGCACAAGAAAGAGAAGAAGAAAGAGAAGGCACACAGGAGCAGGGGGACUUCCCCACUGCCCCCAGCUCCUGCUGGGCCCGGGCGUCGCAGGCGCGAGUCGGACUCCAGCUCCUCCUCACCCAGCUGUAAGAGGCAGCGGCGUGGCCACCACAGUGACUGA